AUGGAUGUUUGCAUGUUUUGCCACGAGAAACAUGUCGUUAUCUCGCCCUUCUUCUCCGACCACGCGUUCAUCGCCCGGCCCGAGGUGCUGAGCGCUCACGCCCACACGCCCACGGGGGUCACCCUCGAGGCCGCCGUGGGGGUCACCCCGCGGGUCACGUGGCCCCGUGGUGGGGGAGGGGCAGGGGGGGGCAGGCGACGUGGGGCGGUGAGACGGCGAGGUGGAGGAGGAGGUGGAGGAGGUGGUGGAGGAGGUGGAGGAGGGAAAGGAGGAGAAUUUGGAACACGACUUCUGGUCGUUGUGUCGACAUCACCAGUCGGAGUUCAACCGCCACCACCACAGCAACCACAACCACAACCACCACAACCACCACAACCACCAGCACCACCAAACUCGGCUCGAUACCGGCUUCGCAAGCACACGCAGCACGGAGGCAGCAGCAGCAGCAGCAAGCGCCCGCGUGUUGAUGGUGGUGAUGGUGGUGAUGGUGGCGGUGGUGGUGUUGAUGAUGAUGGUGAUACUGACGGUGGAUACGGCAUUCACAACGAUACCAGUAAUGGUUGUGACUACAUUGACCAUCACGAGGAUGAGGAUGAUGAUGAUGUUGACUAUGAAGAUGAUGAUGAUGUUGGUGAUGGUGAGGAUGAUGAUGAGGAUGAUGUGGAGGCGUCACUCUGGAGGAGACACCACGUGACGAGUCCCGACGGCAGCGCCGCGUGCUGCAUCAUCCAGAGCGCGAGACGAGACGGAGACGUCAACAACAACACCAUCAACAACACCAACAACAACAACAUCAACAACAACAACACGAAGAAGGACGCGUCGAGAAUCCGAUCGCGGCUAACGACUCCGACUGAGACGUCUUUGGCGCUUCGCGGUGAAGACGGCGCGGAGACAAAGCAGCAGAUCGAUGGUGGUGAUGGUGGUGAUGGUGGUGAUGGUGGUGGUGAUAGUGGUGGUGAUGGUGGUGAUGGUGGUGGCGGUGGAGUCAACGGACCCGCGGAAUGCCCCACGUCCGAUGUCCAACCGAGGGUCCAUUGCACAAAGUGCGGAGACUCGUUCCUGUCCGCGUGCGCUCUGGCGAGGCACGGCCGGUGUCCUCCCGUCGCAGGCUCCACACCAACCUCGCUCCACCACCACCAAGCCUCGCAACCACCACCACCACCACCGCUGCUGCCACCACCACCAUCGUCAUCAUCGUCGUCUUCAUCGUCGUCGUCUUCAUCGACGACUCGCAAGGCGUUCACUUGCAAGUUCUGCGCCAAGGAGUACGUGAGCCUGGGGGCGCUGAAGAUGCACAUCCGCACACACACGUUGCCCUGCGUGUGCAAGAUCUGCGGCAAGGCGUUCUCGCGGCCCUGGCUGCUGCAGGGACACGUGCGCACGCACACCGGUGAGUGGCCGGCGACUCGUGCGUCGAGAAUGUUUGUUUGUGUUGAUGUUGUUGUUGUUGUGUGGAUCGCUGUGUGCGUGCGUGCGUGGGUGUGUGGGUUAUCUAUCAUGAUUUAUCAUCAUUCAUCAUCAUCAUCAUCAUCUAUCAUGAUUCAUCAUCUAUCAUCAUUCAUUAUCCAUCAUCAUCAUCAUCCAUCAUCAAUCAUCAUCCCUCAUCAUCAUCAUCCAUCAUCAUCAUCCAUCAUCAUCCAUCAUCAUCAUCCAUGCGACAGCGGCGUGGCGCUCGUGAAGGUUGGAACGUCCUGCAAGAACGGCGGCUGCAAAGCGGUGAGCGACUAA